AUGAGUUCCCCGGACGCAUCUUCUAUUCUAUCCGGCUCCCUGACGAUCUCACCGAUCCCAAUUCGCCCGGGAGAGCAUUCCUCUGUGCGACAUCACCUUAGCGGCAGCGAUAUUAGUGAUGUGCCUCCACGCCCACGCCUGUCUCCUACUCUCACUCGUUCCUUCAACCCUAACGAUCCUGAGGUCCGUGAACGGCAGCGCACGAUGGAUGCUGACAUGGCGAUGCAACUUUCGCGAGCCCGUAGCAGCACCAUCCCUGUCUCACCGACUACCUCUCCGAUAACCAUGCCUGCACGUAGAUCGACAGCCGAGGAUCAUGUACAGUUCCCAGAUCUAUCGCUGCAGGAGGCGCAGGAUAUGAAUGACGCUCUAGAAGGUGGGCGCAUGAAUGGUGACCUGGAGACAACAGAGGACUUGCGUUCUGGUCCUUCCCUUGAUGCUCACCUGAAUCACCUCAGUGCCGGCCAUGAUCCAUCACUGCUGGUUUCUAUCGACAACGUUGAAGGAGAGGAUAAUUCCAUGGGGGCUCUCCCGAUGUACAUGGGUGCUCUUCCGAUGUACCAGGCCACUGUGGAUCGUCCACAGUAUGACUUCUCACUUCUCGAAUCUUUUGCCCGCGAGGAGAAGGCACAACUCGGUAUCCAGACACCCUCGGGUGUGCUCACCAAUCCAUUUGAUUUUAGGCCGCGCCCAUCUCCUUCCAUUCAGCUUCCUGCAGAAGGGGACGCCAGCGGGAGUUCAGUACACGUCAACGACAUCACCGUCCCGCGAGCGCGACACAGAAAAUUGAGCCAGAGCAAUGCACCUCGGCGAGGGAAGAUGGCACUAUUCGAACAGCUCGGCGCCCCCCCACCGACACUUGGUCUCCGCGCUCCUCACCUGGCAGGCGUAGGAACGAUUCUCAGCGCUGUCCCGUCAUACGAGAAUCUUACUGGAUUCGGUGGAACCGGCUCAUCCGGCCCUCCUGGUAUCGGGAUCGGCGGUGGUACGCCGUCCGGACACGACAGACCGUACAGAUUCUCGUUCUACUCGAACGUGCUUUCGGCGACCAUUCAUGCACGGAGCUUGAGCGAGUUACCUGCAGAGGGUCAGUCAUUCGAGGAUCUCUUUCUCGGUAGGGCUGGAAGGGUGCCUGUAAGGACAUCUACACCGCCUAAUGUAGCCCGUCCCCCGAAUGUCAGAGCAGGCCCCACAGCUGAUGGUCCCCGACCAGGAGCCGUAUCCCCGAUGCCCAUUGCAGGAACGAACGGCAAAGGUGGUGGGGGUGAGCGGCGGAACGGGACUGAAGUUGGCUCGGACAGCUACACUUGGUGGCUGGACGUCCUUUCGCCAACGGACGAGGAGAUGAGGAUGCUCAGCAAGGUCUUCAGUAUCCAUCCAUUGACGACAGAAGAUAUUCAGAUGGAGGAAACUCGGGAGAAAAUAGAACUAUUCCGGCACUACUACCUCGUUUGUUUCCGCGGAUUUGACCAGGAUCCGUACAGCCCAACACACCUAGAGCCGCUUAACAUGUACAUCAUUGUUUUCCGAGAUGGAAUAAUUUCAUUCCAUUUCCGAUCGACGCCUCACCCACAGAACGUACGCCGCCGUAUCAAACAGCUGAAAGAUUACAUUAGUGUCACCUCGGACUGGAUAUCAUAUGCGCUCAUUGACGAUAUCACGGAUGCGUUUGGACCGCUCAUUCAGAGUAUAGAAUAUGAGGUCGAUAGUAUCGACGAACUGGUCUUGAUUCUCAAAGAGGCAGAACAAAGCGAUAUGCUUCGCAGGAUUGGUACAUGCCGCAAGAAAGUGAUGGGUCUUCUCAGGUUGAUGGGCAACAAGGCGGAUGUCGUGAAGGGACUUGCGAAGCGCUGCAAUGAGAAUUGGCGUGUUGCUCCUACCUCAGAUAUCGGUCUCUAUCUGUCCGAUAUUCAAGAUCAUUUGAUUACGAUGACACAGAACCUCAACCAUUACGAGAAGAUUCUAUCGCGUUCACACUCAAAUUACCUCGCGCAAAUUUCAAUCGAGAUGACUGAGGCGAACAACCAAAUCAAUGAUGUCCUCUCGAAACUCACCGCGCUUGGAACAGUGCUGAUUCCCAUGAACCUUGUGACCGGUUUAUGGGGCAUGAACGUGCACGUACCGGGGCAGGAUAUUCAGGAUAACUUAAACUGGUUCUUUGGUAUCAUUGGAGUACUGGCCGUUUUUGCAGUGAUUGCAGGAUAUUCGACCUACAAGCUCAUGGUGCAUCGUUGA